CCCCCCGGAAGCCGCGGGGUUCCUGCGGGCGAGCGAGUGUCCCGCGCGGCGGCGCUGUCUAUGGUCUCCUCCUCCUCCUCCUCCUCCUCCUCCUCGGGGCCGAUGGGAGGCCGGCGUCCCCCUUGGUCCCCCAUCGCCUCGCGCUCGGAGAAGGGGCCGCCGGGAUCGUGGAGGACUCGCCCUCGCCCUCUGCCUCCUGCCGCCUCCCGUUCCAGGGUUUAGCCGGCGGCGGGUUGGUCCGCGCGGUCCCUCUUCCUCCUCCGAGGCUUCCCUCUCGCCCUUGGCGGCCCCAUGGCUCCAUGAAGCGCCGUCAGGGAGGAGGAGGAGGAGGCGGCGGAGAGGGAGCGGAGGGGAGGGAAGAGCAGCAGCGGAGGCGGCGGCGGAGGCGGCGGCGGCGGUGGCUGGGCUGAGAAGGAGAGAGAGAGGGAGGGAGGAAGGAACCGGGCCGGAGAAGGAGAAGACAAACGGGAAUGGGCCGUGAGAAAAGAAAAUUCAUUCCAGAUAUAAAAUAGCUUCCCCUUCCACACUUGCUUCUCCCUUGGCAAUACAAGGUUUCUCCUUUCAGCUAGAGAAAUGUGCAGAUGCUCUCCAGAGGGACCGGAAGAAGAGGCAGCUUCUGAUGCCAAGAGGGCUUGGCUGGGGUGAGCUGGUUUGCCAUUAGACGACAGUUCCUCAUCAGAGGAGCACAAAGACAGAGAGCAACUGGAUUCUACAGUGCUCCAGACAGCAAGUGCUGAAUCAGGAUGGGAAAAAGACGCUGUGUUCCUCCACUUGAGCCCAAGUUGGCAGCAGGCUGUUGUGGUGUAAAGAAACCCAAAUUGUCUGGAAGUGGAACACAUAACCACGGAAAUCAAGCCACAACUGUGCCAGUUUCUAGUUCAGGUCCUCUUCAGAACCACCAGCAUGCAGAUGGGGGCAGUGGAAGGGAGAAUGUAUCAGAUUUGACUUUAUGCCCUGGAAACUCUCCAAUUACUCGAAUGAAUCCCACUUCAGGAGCAUUGAGCCCACUUGCUCGUCCUAAUGGAACUGCCAACAGCACCAAAAACCUAGUGGUGACAGCUGAGAUGUGCUGCUACUGCUUUGAUGUACUCUACUGUCAUCUUUAUGGUUUUCCUCAGCCACGACUUCCUCGAUUUACCAAUGACCCUUAUCCACUCUUUGUGACAUGGAAGACAGGGCGAGACAAGCGACUUCGGGGCUGCAUUGGAACUUUCUCUGCUAUGAACCUUCACUCAGGACUCAGGGAAUACACAUUAACCAGUGCACUUAAGGACAGCAGAUUUCCACCCCUGACCCGUGAGGAGUUGCCUAAACUUUUCUGUUCUGUCUCCCUCCUUACUAAUUUUGAGGAUGCCACUGACUACUUGGACUGGGAGGUGGGAAUCCAUGGAAUCAGAAUUGAGUUCAUCAAUGAGAAAGGUGUCAAACGCACAGCAACGUAUUUACCUGAAGUUGCUAAGGAACAAGAUUGGGAUCAGAUUCAAACAAUAGACUCCUUGCUCAGGAAAGGUGGUUUUAAGGCUCCAAUUACCAAUGACUUUAGGAAAACUAUUAAACUCACCAGAUAUCGCAGUGAGAAGGUGACAAUCAGUUAUGCAGAAUAUAUGGCUUCUCGUCAGCAUUGUUUUCAGAAUGGCACUCUCCAUGCCCCACCCCUUUACAAUCAUUACUCCUGACACAAGGCUGCAUGACCAGUCCCGUCCCCCAGCUGCCACUAACAGCUAUGACAUCAUUGGAGCAGAUGCCUCCUCUUCCUGGUCCAGUUACUUCUAUUACUGCACCAUUUUAUGAUGCUAGCUUCCGUUGCCAAGUCUGCCUUCCAGUUGACUGAGGGGUGGGGGCUACCAGUUGAAUGCAACUGAACAUCGAGGCUGAAGCCUUAUCUCAUCCUUCCUUCAGAAAGAGGAUUGAAGCUCCAGGCUUAACAGUUGCAAUUGGGUAGAGAGAACCUUGAGGAACGGCAGUACCACUUCAGAUUGCUCUAUCUCUGUGUUAAAUUGCACUGUGUUCAUUUGAAUUGCUAAUUACGAUAGCCCCCUUGAUCAAGUAGGAGAGUUCUCCUGGCAGUCUGGGCAACGGAGUCCAAUGAAAUAUUUUUAGGUUAUUUUAAAUUUUUUUAACCUCUGAUGUUUAUCUACCAUGAUCUGAUUAGUCCUAACACAUCCCAGGCAAGCAGAUAAUAUGACUUUUUAAAAGGAUGGUAUGCCUGCAGAGAUUUCCCCUCUUCUUCCUCCUCACAGAAGAUGACAGUCAUUAACAGAUCUGAAAAGGAAAACAAAAGUUCUGCAGAUAAAACCAUUGCUUGCCCAUAUCCAAGAGAUUUCAGUUCUCACAUCUAGGUGCUCUUGCUCUUGACAUAGAGAAUAAUUUAUGCAUGAAAGAGAAGUGUUACGGGUUGUGUUUGGAAGUAGCUUAGGCUUCAUUACAUCCUAAAAAUAUAAUUUCCCUCUUCUUUGCAGUUCUUCUGAGUGUCUAAUUUAAAGCAGCAGGGUCUGUGCUGGUUUGGAACAAAUCUUUCUCACAAAGCCAUUUUUAUAGUAAUAAAAAGGGUAUGAAAUUGUUUAUAGGAAAACUCUAUGCAGUUUCCACAACAGUUUUCUCCAGCUUGACCCUGUUAUCCAGGUAAUGCAAGACACACUGAGUGUUAGCUUUUACAUGGUUAUUUAAUACAGGUGUCACUGUGGCAUUUGUGCUUCAGCCACCCUCAGUACAUAUAAUUUGAUAGAAAUCAAAUUACUGAAAUUGUUUCACAAUAAGUGUACUUAGGUUUGAAACAUGGGUUUUUUUUUACCAACAUAAAAAGGUUAACUUAGACCCAUUUUUGAUUCCUGUGGAUUUUUAAAAUUUCUUUUGCUAUUGUUAUUGAGUAGUAAAAAGCAACUUUUUAUUCAUUCUUCCAUCUUAUUUCUUCUGUGUGAGUCAGAUGACGACAUUAUGAAAGCAGGCAUCAUGCUCCUUAAGAGAAUCCACAGGAACUGUAAAAUAGUAAUGCAUGAGUUCUGAAAAUUGUGGUAAGCAGCUUGAUAGGAACAUAAAAAUAAAAAAUCCAGGUGAAGAGCACAGUAUAAUGAAAGUUUCAUACCAGUAUGUGGAACAACGGUGACUUUUAUAGGUGGCUCGGGAGAUGCCAGAAAUUAUCUGGGAAUUUACUCAAAAGAUGUAAAUUUCCCUAUUUUUAGGAUGAAUGAAUCUUGCCCUAGAGGGAGGAAGCAGGCUAUUCCUUCUGUUUUGAAGCAAAGCCUCAGUGUAAGCCUGAACAGAUGCUGCGUGAAGAGAGGUAUAAUUAUACAUAUAUAACCCAUGUAUACAGGAAAGCAGUACUGGACAGUAUGUGACUUGGUUGCAUUAGGCACAAACUGCUGGCUGGAAGAGGGCAAAUGUCUUGUCUUCUUUGCAAGAGGAUUAUUAGGUGUCUAGGAUGUCUCCAGAUUCCGUAUUUUUCUACCACUACUAUUUCUUGUCUUGUCUCCAAAGAAACCAUAACCUUUGUAGUUUUGCUUGUCAAUGAACAUACGUCUAGAUGUGUGUAGAGUGGGGUGGGGGAGGGAGCUCAUGUUUCAGAUAGCUGCAGUGUCACCCAAGCUUUUGGUUUUGUACUGGAUCGUUCAUAUAGAUUGUUUUCCCUUCAUGAUGAUGAUGAAAUGUGUUUGGAUGUGAAGGGACUGUUUCUUGUUUCCUGCUACUGAGAAUAAAGAAGCCUUCUUACACAGA